AUGGGAAACUAUUCAGAAGCACUCUAUUACCAUAAAAAGACGCUUGAAAUUGAGCAGGAAUCUUUUCCACCUAAUCAUCCUAGUCUUGCUACUACCUACUGCAGCAUCGAUUUUUCGUAUCAUGAGAUGGGACAGUACUCACUUGCAAUCACAAACUAUGAGAAGGCACUCGAGAUACAAAGCAAAUACAUUGGACCUGUGUACGCUUCACAACGAAAUUAUUCCAAUUCGCUGUCAUCUUAUGGAAAGGCACUUACAAUACGACUUGCAUCUCUUUCAUCUAAUCAUUCUGACCUAGCUAGUACGUACAACAACACUGGAUUGGUGUAUACUGAAAUUGGGCAGUUAAAAAAUGCUCUCUCGAACUAUCAAAAAGCAUAUGAAAUCCAACAAAGAUCUCUUUCGUGUGAUCAUCCAUUGUUGGCUACAACAUACAGUAACAUCGGUUUAGUUCAUCAAAAAAUGAAGAAAUAUUCGAAAGCAUUAGCAUACUAUAAUAAGACACUUGAGAUCCAACAAAAGUGUAUUUUACACAAUCAUCCAUCACUAGCUAUUACCUUGGACAACAUUGCUUUAAUUCAUAAAUCGUUAGGAAAUUAUUCGACAGCACUCGACGGUUACCAUCAGGCGCUUGAUAUUAUGAAGAAAUCUCUUCCAAACGAUCAUAUAUUGUUGGCUAUGACGUACAACAACAUUGCGUCAUUACAUGAGGUCAUGAAAAGCUAUUCGAUUGCAUUAUUAUACUACGACAAGACAAUUGAUAUCGAACUGAAAUCUUUUGCACCUGAUCAUCCAUCAUUAGCUAUUACUUACAACAAUAUUAGUUCUGUGCACUAUUCACUGGGAAAAUAUUCGAGUGCACUGUCAUAUUAUGAACAGACACUUGAAAUUCAACAGAAGUGUCAUCCAUUGAAUUAUCCAUCGUUGAGUAUCUUCCACUAUAAUAUAGCGAAGGCACUAGAAAAUCUUCAGCAGUAUACAGAGGCUAUCAAACAUGCCACACAAGCGAUGCAAUAUGCACGUCAAGCUUUCGAUAAUGAACAUCGAGAAGUUAAAGAAAUUCAGGAAUAUCUCGAAUUCCUUCAAGAAAAACUUCAAUGA